AUGAGUUCAAAUGGUGCAAGGAAGAAUCUCAGAAAUAUCGGCGUGAAUCGAGAAUAUGCGUCUGACUCGUCAUCCGAGGACGAGCAAGCUCCUGAAACCGGAGCGCAAUUGGAGCAAAUAGGGAGCGCCAAUGAUGAUGAUGAUGAUGACUAUAUGGUCGAUACCAAUGGUCAACUAAACUCCAUGAAAAAGCAAGAUGACGACGCGUCGGGAGAACAAGACGAUGAGGAUGAUAUGUUUGCAGAUGAAGACGAAGAAACAGUUGCUCAAAGUAAGAAAAAAAGAGUUGAAUUUGCCCCAGUGCAAGCAGACUCUCUCCAUUCAGACGCAGAGCUCGAGAAUUAUGACAAAGAUGACGAAGAUGAUGAAGAUGACGAGCCUAGAUUUGAAUCAUUCAGCAUGAAAGAAGAAGAAGCCAACGGCAAAUUCGACGAAAUGGGAAACUACAUCCGCAACAACCCGUCGUCUCCCGAGUCCGGCGCAGACGAAGAUGAAUACCUAGCAGGAUUCGAUAGAUCUGAAAUCCGCAAGGCCCGUUUGGCACAACGGAAAAGAAAACAAGAAGAUAUACAAAAGGCGAAAUCACCACGAGAUGGAAAAAUGGUCCUCCCCCGCGUGGAAGAAAUGCUUGCGGAUUUGAUUGAAUUGUUAGAGCCUGCUGAAAGCUCGACGGAGGCAUUGUCGAGGUUGCAUACCUCCCUUGCAAAAUUGCAAAAGAAGAAGAAAACGAAGAACCAAAAGGAAAGGGAGGUGCACGGGCACAAGAAAGGGAAGGACGUUACCAUUGCACGAAUUACCGAGUUGUGCUCAAUGCUAUCUAGGCAUUUCGACGAUAGCGUAUACGACAUGCCGCGCGAGGCCUUGAUGCGGAACUACCAGAAUAGAACCGGUGAAGCAUACAGUAACAAAGCUCGAACCCAGCUGCUUAAACGGCCUCGCGAAACAUCAGAAGAUGAAGACGAAAAUGACGACGAAAAUGACGACGAGGAUUAUGGAGAGAAAAUAUGGGAGUUUCGCUGGCUCGGGGACGAUGUCGUCAACGGCCCUUAUUCUAGCUACGAAAUGCAUCAUUGGAAAAACUCGUAUUUCAAUAAUGGCGUCGAAGCUCGUAAACUCGGUGAAGAUGAAUUCACUCACAUUCAGCGCCUAUACUUCACCGUUGAUUGA